UCUUCUUCCUUCAGUCGUUUCUCAUUGGUUUUAAAAGACCCUUCAUUUUUCUUCCAAGACUCUUCCUUUUUCUUACAUCCUUCCAUUUUCUUUUAAGUAUUUUAUUUCCUCAGCCAUGGCUCUAAAAAAGAAGGUUGUUGUCAAGAGUUCUAGUCGUAACCUGACCUCUCUGCUGCCGAACUCGCCGUGGAAACCAAUGGCUUCCACUGAGCCCAUACAAUUUAUGGAAGCUGAGCAGCAGAGGCGUUAGAAUGAGAACUUUACUGAUCGGGAGUUUUGCAACGAACAAGGCUUCGAUUUGUCCUUUGCUGAUGACUUGAAACCUUUUGCAUAUGUGACUGAUACGAUUGCAAAGCUGAAAUGAGAGACUUUCUGUGCCCACGCAGGCAAAAUUAAUCAUCACUGGGUUUGGGAGUUCUACAGUAAUCUCGUUCAUGAAGAGAAGCCUUUAGUUUUUUUUCGGGAGAAAUUGGUUCAUUGGUGGGCUGCACCGAUUAACAGCCUACUCGGGCUUGAAGAAGGUGUUUGUGAGCACAUCGAAUUCGUCAACAACCUCACAACCGAUGCUUUGGAACAAGUUGCAAGGGAUGUGUGCCUACCAGGUAAGACUUGGAUCAAAUCUUCUUCCGGUGGCUACACCAUGCGUCGGUUGGACCUUAAUCAAGAGGCUCAGUUCCAAUAGCGUUGAGGAGGUACCAGCAACCAAGACUGAUGUUGGAGAUGACACAAUGGAAACCGAGACCAAAAAUGAUGAAGUCGAGGAAGAAGAAGGAACUAAGGAGGAGGAGGAGGAAUAUGAGGUUGAUUCGGCUGCUUCAACAGAUGUCAUUGCAGUUGGUUCUGAUGAUUUUGAUCCUAUGGAGACCAACGAGACACUCAGCCAAGAGAAAGAAAAAGAGGUCACAACCAGCCAAGAGCAUACUACUGCGAAGCAGCUUUUGGACUUGAACAUUUACACUGCUGCUCAAGAUGUUGCAAUAGCAUAACAACAGGAGUUGGACAUUGUCUAACUUCUCAGCAAUGUACUUAAGGAUAUAAAGCAAAUGGAGGCAGUAAGCGAGCUUGGAGACAUCGAUAUUGAUCUGGUGAACAGGACUUUGACACAUACUUUUGUUUCGAAAAUUGCUAAAGAUGUUGACUACGCGAAAAUUGAUAGUAAAAUUGUUGAGGAAAUUUAGCAAGGUACCGCGAGUCAGCCCAAGGGCUCAGCCGAGAAAGCUAUGGGCAGCGCUAGGGGACAAUUGGAGAACCUGGACACUUCCACACCCGAACAAACUAAGAAGGUUCCUCUUAGAAUCCCUGAUGCUGCUAUGGUGAAACCUACUUCAACUUCCAUCGGUGUUAAACGGAAUAGCUCGAUGAAGGUGAAGGUGUCAUCCAAAUGUGUUCGCCCAACUGCUUCCAGUCCAAGAAAAGGCCCAAGGAAACCGACUUAGGGGAGUUUUGUUCUCCUUUUCUUUAUUUUUCGUUUUUAUGCAUUGGGGCAAUGCACACCUUAAGUUUGGGGGUGUUUUGUCCAUUGGUGUUGUGCAUAUAUAA